AUGUCGUGCUCUUCGUAUCCAACCAGACCUCAUGCGACUACGACCUGUAGUGGUCCAAUGUUGACCUCCGCCAAAGUCUCUGUGGCUUCCCCAGUCUCUCGUCCCCGAGGCUGGAUCUUAGCGAACUUGCGAAUGCCGUUAUAUUGGCUCUCACCACUUGACCCCAUACAUAAAGUCUCAAGCGAGGUCUCUCCUGACAUCGACUUAGAGGUUCACCGGCUUCAGCCUCGAGCCGCAAACUUAACCGGACAUUCAAGAAUGCGGCAAGCGCAACCAGACACUUCGAAUUCAGAUCAUGGGGGGCUUUCGUGUCAAGCAGCUGAUCCUUCCGCCCUGGUAUCAUUUACGUGA